AUGGUGAACACACACGGAACUCAGGCUCGAGGUAACGAAAACUCGACGACCGGCCGCAACUCAGACGGUGCUGUCGACAGGUACUCGCCGACCACAUCAGGAAGCAACUACGAACCUAGCGGUAUUCAAGGAAUUUCGGCUCACCAUGAGCUCCGCGCCGGUGUGGGCGUCGGUUUCAAGGCUGUCCCGUCGCCAUUCGUAGCCCAUGCCGGCAUCACUAUACGCGACGAAGACGGAGAGGCUUUUGGAACGGGAGCUCAAGGCGACCCGAGCAGAGCGAGGCCGGCUGACGGAGGAACUCUACGAGACAAGAGUGGACUACAGACCGCGAAAUCCUGGUCCGCCGUUGCCUGGAUAUAUUGA